AUGUCGCCACGCCUCCCAGGGAAGCUGCUGCAGCUUUCCUCGUCCCUGUGGGCUGCUCAAUCUACCCUCUCCCGGGUGCCUGUGCGCUCAUUUGGUAUCAAAUCCCUCAACGAGGUCAAGCCCAGCCGCUUCAAUGUUGGCCCCGGUUUGCCCGUCCUCGAGUCGACAACGACUGCAGCCCUCCGCCGCAAAGCCAACUCACUGCCCCUCCGGUCCGGAGCCAUUGCUACUAAGAAGGGCAUGACUGCCAUUUACGAUACUGAAACUGGCAAGCGCACCCCAUGCACCGUCCUGCAGCUCGACCGCGUGGAGGUUGUCUCCCACAAGACUCGUCAAAAACACGGCUACUUCGCCGUUCAGCAACAUGACAAAAUCACUCCUUGGUCACUUUUCUGCCAACGGACUCUCCCCAAACGCCACGUUUUCGAGUUUCGCGUCAAGGACGAAUCUGGUCUCCUUCCCGUCGGCGAGAGCAUCCAGGCCAAUUGGUUCCAGGAGGGUCAGUAUAUUGAUGCUCGGUCCAACACCAAGGGUAAAGGCUUUGCAGGUGUCAUGAAGCGUCACGGAUUCCACGGUCAGGACCGUAGUCACGGUGUCAGUUUGACGCAUCGUUCUCUUGGUUCCUCAGGACCCGGUCAGGGUGGUGGUUCUCGUGUCUGCCCGGCAAGAAGAUGGCAGGUGGACCCUGAGACCGGAGUUGUGGUUGUGAGCGGUGCUGUCAGUGGCCCCAAGGGAUGCACAGUGAGAAUUCAGGAUGCCAUCAAGAAGCCGUGGCCACAGGUUGCACCGGCAGUUGAGGCCGCAACGGCGUGA